AUGAUCAAAAAAGGAGCGAAAGUGAAGGAAACCUUUGAGUUGAAAUAUUCACGUAAACAACCGCAAGCGGAGAAAUUCUGCAGCAUUGAGAAAGUGAGGUUGAAAUUGUUACCAAAGAACAUCCUAAAAUCAGUGUUAUCAUUUUUCCCUAUACUCGAUUGGCUUCCAAAAUACAACUGGAAAAGGGAUCUGAAUGGCGAUAUUAUCGGAGGCUUAACUGUUGGUAUCAUGCAAGUCCCGCAAGGAAUGGCAUACGCAAAUUUGGCUAGUCUUCCUCCAGUUUAUGGAAUGUAUACGUCAUUUUUCACUUCAACCUUUUAUGCAUUCUUUGGAACAUCCAGACACAUUUCAAUUGGUGCUUUUGCCGUGGCAAGCUUGAUGGUAGGAGCGGUGCGAUUACGUUUUGUACCCGAUCCAGAUAUAGUCUUUGAGGUGAUAAAUGGUACCAGUGUGGAAAUCGUGAAACCAGUAGCAAGUCCAGUCGAUUUUGGUUAUGAAGUGUCUCCGAUUAUGCUUACAAGUACGCUUGCUAUGACUGUUGGACUGUUUCAACUAGUAAUGGCGAUGAUGGGUCUAGCAUUCCUUACUUCUUACAUGUCGGAUGCCCUUAUUUCCGGCUUCACUACUGGAUCAGCUUUUCAUGUUUUCACAGCACAACUUAACAAAAUUAUCGGUGUAAAAUUACCGCGUUAUUCCGGUUUCGGCAUGUUAUUCUUCAUAAUACGUGAUCUGAUGCUGGUUCUGCCGCAGGCGAAUUAUUGGACUCUGGGCAUAUCAGUAUCGUCAAUUAUAUUUUUGUCUGUCGGCCGUGACUACGUAAAUCCAUGGUUAAAAAAACGGUCACCUGUGCCAUUGCCUAUUGAGCUUAUUUUAGUUAUUUUGGUGACGAUGUUUUCGGUAUUUAUGGAUCUGAAGAACAACCACGGUGUAAAGAUUGUCGAUUAUAUCCCUCAAGGAGUUCCGAAACCGUCGUUACCGAAUUUUGAUCUAGUACCAUAUCUUCUCAAUGAUGCCUUUGCAAUAGCAAUUAUUUCAUAUAUGUUUGUUAUAUCGAUGGCUAAAUUAUUUGCGAAGAAAAGGCAUUAUAAGAUUGAUCCUGCACAGGAUUUAUAUGCUGUUGGCUUAAUGCACACAUUAUCAUCGUUUUUCCCGAUCUUUCCUGCCGGUGGUUCGCUUUCACGGUCAGCCGUUUGUGAACAGUCUGGUGCUAACACUCAGCUGAACAUCUUGUUCUCAAAUGCAUUACUAUUAACUGUUAUUGCUUUUAUUGGACCUCUUCUUGAACCUCUUCCUAUGUGCGUACUGGCUUGCAUCGUGAUAGUAAGUCUGCGAAGUUUAUUCAUGCAGUUCGGUGAAUUAUCAAAAUUAUGGCGAAUCUCAAAAUUUGAUUUCGCAGUGUGGUUGGUGAGCUGUAUAGCAACAGUAUCCUUCGAUGUAAUGACUGGUCUUACGAUAUCAGUCCUGUUUACACUUAUCUCUGUGGUCCUUAGAGAACAGCGACCUAAUAUAUUCGUAUUGGGUAGGACGGCACAUCGUGAAAUCUACAGACCUCUGAUUUAUUAUUGUGGUUUGAAACCAGUGAAUGAAAAUAUUGAAAUUAUUCGUUUCGAAGCACCUCUCAAUUUUGUCACGGUGUCAAGUUUCCUUGAUAAAAUGAGUGAUGUUUUGCGAGAUGAUGCAAAUGAAGAUCACGAAUUGCGAUGUGUGAAAAAUGAUGAAAUGACAGCUUCUAAGGCAGUCGCAGAAUCGAAUUACGAAGAGCUGUUGCAGAGGGAAGUGGUGGCGACAAAUAACACUAAAGAGCAACCUUGGUAUGAAAUAGUUUCUCCAGGAGUUGUUGUCGUCGACUGUGGGGCUAUAUCGAACAUUGAUACAAUGGGCAUUGAAGCGAUCAAACAGGCUUAUUUGCAAGGAAAAGAAGUGAAUAAGACAGUUCUAUUCGCAAAUGUAUCAGAAGCAAUACUGGAUACAUUCGAGCGAAUCGAUUUCUAUUCUUCGGUGCCCAAGGCUUCCUUUUACCCAUGUGUGGAAGAAGCUGUUCGCACUAUGAACAACAAUGCAAUUGAAUAA